GUCAAAGUAUCAGCUCCAUCCACAGUGGUAACAAAGUCUUAACACACCGCAUACUACAAACAACAACACCGCUCCUUUCAGACACAACCAAAGGUACGAGAGUCGAGUGGAGAGACGAAUAACGCUGUGCUUUACCGAAGACCAGGCAGCUUUACUUUACAAUUAAGAAGUGAGCACAAACAAGUCAAACUGGUUUACACUGGAUCAUAAAAAUGAUUCUAAAUUUUCAAAUACCUGGCUCUGCAGUUUAUUAACCACGGGUCGUAGAAACGAUAAUGGGUAUUUGAAAAGUGGGGUAUUUGAAUUUCGUCGUACAUGGACUUUGACUGAAAUGGGUUUGCCAUAGGGGAGUUACUUACCACUGGACGUUAUACCUAAUAUACGUGUGUUUACGCAAUUUCCCCCGUUAUAUAUCUUGAAAGUGAUUUUGAACAUCUUAUCUGAGCAAUGUCCACAAAAGCUAGACGACGACUUAUGAAUGAUUUCAAGAAGAUCCAACUUGAUCCUCCACCAGGAGUCUAUGCAGUUCCACUUGACGAUAAUAUAAUGAAGUGGCACGCAAUUAUUUUGGGCCCUGAUGGCACAGCGUUUGCAGAUGGUAUUUUCAGAUUAACUAUGGAGUUUACGGAAAGUUAUCCUAAUGUUCCGCCGAUCGUUCGAUUUGUAUCCAAAAUGUUCCAUCCCAAUGUGUAUACUGAUGGCAGUAUAUGCUUAGACAUAUUACAAAACAUGUGGUCUCCGUCGUACAAUAUCGGAGCUAUUUUAACUUCGUUACAGUCUCUCCUGGGUGACCCAAAUCCUAACUCUCCUGCCAACACAGCAGCAGCAGAAUUAUUUGAGGAAGACAAACGACAAUAUGAAACCCAGGUGCGGGCGAUUGUUGAAGAGUCAUGGCGGGACGACGGACCUGUGGACUGAUAUUCUUUUGUAUUUAAAUGCCUUUGAUUUAUACAAAUGUAAAUAAUAUUUUUCUUGACAAAA